CAACAUCAUAGGACAAUAUCUAAAAAUGGACAAGGAGAAGAAGAAGCAUGCUAUGGCUUCCUCAUCUUCUGAUAACAACAAGUUAUACAAAGGUGUGAGAAAGAGAAAGUGGGGAAAAUGGGUUUCUGAAAUCAGGCUUCCCAACAGCCGUGAACGCAUUUGGUUGGGAUCUUAUGAUUCACCUGAGAAAGCUGCACGAGCUUUUGAUUGUGCUCUUUACUUACUGCGUGGCCGACAUGCUAGCUUCAAUUUUCCUGACACUCCUUUCAAUCUUGACAUCAAUGUGGCUGCUGCAGCUGGUAACCAAUCUCUCACUCCGCAGGAGAUUCAAGAGGUUGCUGCUAAGUUUGGAAAUCAAUACCAACCACAACAACAACACCACCACCAUCAACAAAGCUCUGAUAUUGCUAAUUUUGAGUCCCACAUCGGAAGGGAGAGUAACUUUACUACUACUGCAGCCUCGUCCUCCAACUCUACUAUCACUAUGCAUGAGCAAUGUGGGGCAACAAUGCAAGUGGAAGAAAAUGGAAGCAUGAUGAACACGAUUGAUUGGACAUUUUUGAACGUGUUGGACAAUGAGUCCAACACUAAUGACAAUGGUGGUAUUAAUCUUGGUGGUGAAUAUGGGCUCUAUUCUUCUGAGCUAGACAAGAUGCACUCUGGUGAUUUUCAAUUCUAUUCAGCUCCACCAACAACCCCUUAUGAGGAUAACAUUGCUGAUGAUCUAUUCUCCAAUCAAUCAUCAUUCCUUUGGAGUUGGAACUUUUGAUAAUUCACCUCCCAAGACCGCCCAAACUAAAAUGCAUACUUAUAUAUAUGUGUGUGUAUGGUGGUUGUUUCGUCUUAAUGACAAUAACAAGGACAGGCUAGUCUAUCUCACACCAUAAGAUAUUACUCUAUCUCUGACCUACCAAACUAGCUAGCAUGCAUUGGUGCAUUUUCUCAUUGUAUAUUUUUCCUUUUGCAAUAAAUGUUUGUACUAUUAAAUAUCUUACUAAGUCAUCUGUAUAUUGUCUUUCUCAUAUAUAUCAUAGUCUUAAAUUACAAAAUGUACUCUACAACAGAGAACACAUAAGGCCGUUCUUGCCAUAAUAAGUACAACAAAGACUUGUUUUCGCGUUGAAA